UGUAUUUGCAAAUUGAAUCCGGAGGCGCGCACCCAUGUUCUUAAUUAGAGAUGAUGGGAAGUAAAGAAAACAUAUAUAUUCUUCAGCGUUUAUACAUAUCAAAUAUAACAGAAGAACAUGCAUUUCGCCCCUUUGUUUCACCGUGCCGCUUGCAUGCGACUCUGCACAGGCGCUUGCUAAUGCUGAUCUGCUUAGUACCGAUCUGCCGGCUGACCUACUUUACUGGCUGCGCAGCGGCUGCCUGCCAGCCCUGUUUGCCGAGGGCAGCCUAUGGAGGCCGGUUAACAGCAAGAGGAAUGAGAAACACGGCCCUGAAAACGGCUUUGUAACGAUACCACUUUAUUGAUCGUAUAUUGCUUGUAAGACACUAAUAUUUCGACCGUACUUUCGUCAUCUAACCAAUCCUAUCUUACUGGAUUUCGGUUCAUGGCUGUCUCAUGCCAAGUCCGGUUCCUACUCUCUCUAAUGUGGGCUGUACCUUGUGUGUGAAGAAGAUCAUUAACUGGUUUCAUUUAUGGACCUUAAAAUCAGAAGCCGGUAAUUCAGAGCAGAACCUCGUCUUCAUUGCUACAGCCUGUGUGAGUUGGGGAGGCACGUUCGUUAAUGCUGGGAUCUGCAGGACUGGCAGCACCAAUGGGACACGGCCGAAUUCCAGGGGGGGGCAGACGGCAGUGGGAGUAAGGAUGGACAGCAUGCAGUUCGGGGCCCUCUGUCCAUCCAGCCAACACAAAUGGGACACUAGCAAGUAUGUGGAUGAUUUGCUAAAUGAAGAUGGAAAGGACAGAGCUAAAAGAGCAUCACGCAAUAAAUCAGAGAAGAAGAGAAGGGAUCAGUUUAAUGUCCUCAUCAAGGAGCUGUGCACCAUGCUUCAGGGGCAGGUGCCUCCCCGCAAGAUGGACAAGUCCACCAUCCUGCAGAGAGCCAUCGACUUCUUGCAGAAACAAAAAGAAAUCUUGGACCAAUCAGAGUCCAUUGAGAUUGAGCAGGACUGGAAGCCUUCAUUCCUCAGCAAUGAGGAGUUUACCCAGUUGAUGCUGGAGGCUUUAGAUGGUUUUCUAAUAACACUGACAACAGAUGGAAACAUCAUUUAUGUAUCUGACAGUGUUUCUUCCCUCAUUGGCCAUUUACCAUCAGACAUGGUGGACCAAAAUAUUCUGAACUUUCUCCCUCCACGUGAACAUGGAGAGAUGUACAAGCUCCUGUCAUCGCAGAUGCUGAUGAACGACCCAGUUGCUGCCGAUUUGCUUGAGCAUUCACAAAUUGAGUUCUGCUGUCACUUAUCCAGAGGAAGUGUCGACCCUAAAGAGGCUCCAACAUAUGAAUAUGUGAAAUUUGUAGGGGAUUUCAAAUUCCAAAACAACGUGCCUACAUCUUCUAGUAAUGACUUGGAGUGUGAAUCACCAAGGACCAUCCAGGCAUCGUUAGAGGAGCAGGCCUGCCUUGUAGCCACUGUCCGACUGGUCACUCCACAGUUUAUGAAGGAUCUCUGUAAUGUUGAUGACCCUUAUCAUGAAUUCACAUCCAGGCAUAGUCUGGAGUGGAAGUUCUUGUUUUUAGAUCAUAGAGCUUCACCCAUAAUAGGCUACUUGCCUUUUGAGGUUCUUGGAACUUCUGGCUAUGAUUACUAUCACGUGGACGAUCUGGAUCUCAUAGCCCAGUGUCAUCAACAGCUGAUGCAGUUUGGCAAGGGCCAGUCCUGCUACUAUCGCUUUUUGACGAAAGGCCAGCAGUGGAUCUGGCUGCAGACUCACUACUACAUCACUUACCACCAGUGGAACGCCAAGCCAGAGUUUAUUGUAUGCACACACACUGUGGCCAGUUUUGCAGAGGUUCGAGCAGAGAGGCGAAGAGAGAUUGGCUUAAAGGAAUCUGAAGCAGCUUCCUCAUCUGUUACGGAUCGCAAAGUAUAUCUAGAUGUGAACCCGUCCUCUGAGGUACCAAAAGAGAGAGCGAGAGGGACCCAGUCAGUGUCCUCUGACAGCUCCCGCAGAUCGUCCCGCACAGCCGUGUCCGACUCUGCCUCAAAUUCCUCGGUGAGGUGUGCUGAGGCUACCGCACCACUGCAGCAGGCCGUAUCUCUAUGCUCUGAGAAGGCUGCGUCCAGCAGUUCAAAGAUUUUACAGCAGACCUCCUCCUCGGAGCACCGUCCCCCAGCCAGCUUCCUUCUCUACUCCACCUGUAAUCACCCCUCCACUACGCAGCCCAUGUACCAGUUUCGAGCACCACAACUGGGGGUGAUGCACGAGCUGAAGGAGCAGCUGGAGGAGAGGACACGCCUCCUGCAAGCUGACAUCAGGAGCCAGCAGCAGGAGCUGCACAGCAUCAAGGAGCAACUGCAGCUGGUCAGCAGCUCCAACAUCCAGAUGUGGCUCCAGCAGCCCGACUCGGGAGGAUUCAGCCAAGUACGGCAGCAGCAGGGCUUGGGAAGGAGCCCCCUACCCUGUCAGCCAGCUGCCAUCAGGCCGGUUGCUGAUUACAGCAAGAACCUGCCAUGCACACAUCAUGCUUCCCCGGCCUGCUCACUUUUGCUGGACCCCAGCACAUCCUCCUCUCAGGCAGAGCCACCGCCAAUAAGAAGCUCCCUGAGUCCAGCCAUCAGCAUGCCAGUGCAGACCCACACCAGCAUGCCAGUGCAGACCCACACCAGCAUGCCAGUGCAGACCCACACCAGCUUGACUGUGCCUUGGUGCAGCAACCCCAUGAUGUUCUCCCAAACUAGAUCACGUCCCCCACAGGAUGUCAGUCCAAGACACUCUGGCGUGGAUUUCAGCCAAGAUGGGCAACUACGAUAUGGUCUGGAGCAGCAGAUUAUGGUGGCACCGUCAAUGCCUGUGCAGCAGGUGAAUUGCAAUGCUGUCAUCAUGCCGUCACCUGUCGUCACAUCUCCCAUCAUGAUCACCCACAACAGCUUCGUCACACACCAGGCACAGCCUUCCCACCAGCCCCCAGUCCAGUCCACACAGGACCCUUUCCAGCUGCACCAACCUCAAGCCGUCUUUCAGCAGAUGCAGCCCCAGGGACUGUUACACUGCAGACAGCCUCAGACUGUGUUUCACUCCGCUCAUGUCCCGCAGCAAAGCACUUUGGGUUUCCUUCAGCAGCCACAGCAACAGCAGCAACAACAGCCACUGCAGCACUGCCACUCCCAGAAGCAGACUGCUGGCCUUUCAGACUUCCAGAACAUACUGACAUGGUAGCCAGGACAACUGAGGCACCAUGGAGAUCUCUAGUGACUGCUGUAUGUUCUGAGGCAAUAUAUACAAUGAUGGUCCCCCAAACCUCUUCAUCUACAGUAGAACAUCCCAGUCCCCCUCUGGUGGCCUUACUAACUUCUGCUUUUGUAUCUCAUGUUGGUGUGAUCUACAGGCAGGAACUGCCUUAUUUGGUCGGCAGCUCUCCCAGUCCCAGGUACGGCCCAAGAAGUCUAUUUAGAAAUCCCAAAGUAAGCAUAAAAUACAUGUAUGUACAUGCUAUGCGACCCCCCCCCCCCCCCCAAGUCUUGUCUUACAUCAUGUGUGACUGAACAUGUGAAAGCAGAGAUUUUGAGAAUAGGGAAAAUCAUAUUUUGUGCAUUUGCAUGUGGGCACAUUGUCAGCAAUGUAAGCCGAAUAUUUUAUGAGGUGAAUUAGUAUGUUACUCUUGUACUGUAAUGCCACAGCAGAAUGUUAAUAUAUGUCAUGUAAUCCAGCAAGCAAAAACUGAAUUUUGAUUGCUUUUGUAUAAAUAAAUUGUGCAUUUAAUGGUAAAAACUACCAGAAAAGUAAAUAUAAUUUAUGCUAAGACUUCAAUAAAGACAACUCUACAUUUAACAAAAUUUAUUACAGUGGAUCAUGCAAUCUUGCACACAAAUGAUGGACUGAGUCUUUUAAACAUUCAGAUUCUUGUAUUUUGACAUUAAAUGUGAAAGAUUUUAUGUAUUAUAUGAUAGCUUUUAAUUUAACCUUAAAAUUGUGUAUCUUUAAAAAUAAACAUGGUGGAUUGUAACAGAU